UGGCAGUUUUUUAGGGUCACCACGGGUGAUAGGUCAUAGGUUAGCUUGUUGGCUGUACUUGGCUGUAGUAGUGAGAGUGAGUCCUGACAAGAUGGCGGAAGGCGGAGAUGCAGCAACGGUCGCACACGAGGCGGGCAACGCCGUACAGGAGACCCCGAAGGCCGAGCCUGAGAAGGCGGCGGCCGCCGCAGAGCCAGCCGCUCCGGCAGAGCCUCCAGAGCCCACGGUGCGGACCAUCGUGUUGACGGGCCAUGGCGGUUACGACAAGCUGUCCGUGCAGCAGAAGCCGCAGCCCAAGGCGGGGAAAGGCGAAGUGCUGGUCCGAGUCAAGGCGGCCGGGCUCAACUUCUCCGAGCUGAUGGUCAGGCAGGGUCUGCACGACCGCAUGACCAAGCCGCCCGUCGUCCUGGGCAUGGAGGCCGCAGGAGUCAUCGAGGAGCUGGGCGAGGACGUCAGCGAUUUUGAGGUUGGGCAGAAUGUGAUCUGUCUGGCGCAGACGGGGAUGUGGCGCGAGAUCGUGGCCGUGCCCGCCACCAACGUGUUCGUCAUGCCUGAGGAGAUGUCGUACGAGGAGGGCGCCGCCAUCCCGCUCAGCUACCUGACCGCGUACUUCAUGCUGUUUGACUUCGGCAACCUGCGGCCGGGGAAGAGCCUGCUGGUACACAUCGCCGCAGGUGGUGUUGGCUGGGCAGCUACACAGCUCGCCAAGACAGUUGAGAACGUCACAGUGUUCGGCACGGCCUCCGCCACCAAACACGACGCCAUCAAGGAGAACGGUGUGGACCAUCCCAUCGACUACCGGACGAGAGACUACUCAGAGGAGAUCAAGAACAUCAGCCCCAAAGGUGUGGACAUUGUCCUGGACCCCCUGGGAGGUGCAGACACAUCCAAGGGUCUGCAGCUCCUCAGACCAAUGGGAAAGAUCGUCACUUAUGGUUCAGCCAACAUGGUGAAGGGAGAAAACAGGAAUCUGAUGAAGAUGGCCAAAACCCUGUGGCAGUCCACCUCGGUCAGCCCAGUGUCGCUGGUCAAGACCAACAAGGCCAUUGCUGGCUUCCAACUCGCACACCUCACAGGUGAAAUUGAGCUUGUACGCAGUGCCUUCCAAGAUAUCCUGAACAUGUACAAGGACGGGAAGAUCAAGCCACGCAUCGACUCUGUCUGGGCUUUCGAACAGGUUGCCGAGGCGAUGCAGCAGAUGAACGAGCGGCGGAACAUCGGCAAGGUCAUCCUCUCGCCCGAGAAGGAACCCACGAAGCCUGCGGAGGGCGACGCCGCGCCGACGUCACCCCUGAAGAAGAAGAAACCCUCGCUUUUCCGACGACUCUCCAAGCGAGCAUCACGGUCCAAGGACGAGGGGGAGAAGAAGGAUGAGGUUAAGAAUGCAAAGAAAGAAUCGCCCAUAAAGCAAGAGGAGCAGGAGAAGGCUGACGACACCAAGGCCACCAACGGACACGUUCAGCAAACGCCGGAGGAUGAGAAGAUUGAUGACGAGGCUACCAAGAAACUAAGGGCACGGCUUUCCGGGGGAGAUUCCAACAUAGAGGACACAGACAAGGUUGUAAAUGACAAAAUUGAUGCAGCUGAGGACAAGAUCGGAGGUAUUUCAAAGACGGUAGAUGGGAAAGUUGGAGAUGCGGAGAAAGCAGCAGAGGAAACUGCGAAGAAAGUAGAGGAGAAAGCUGAUGAGGCAAAGGACAAGGCGGAAGAUGCCAAAAAGGCAGUGGAGGCUCAAGUCGAACAGACAGCAGCGAAACUUCCCGACACUGGAACGUCUGCAAAGAUCGCUGUAGAUGACAUAUUUAAGGAAGCUGAGGCAAAAGUUGAUGGAAACAUACAGCAGUGUGUAGAUGGAACAGUGGAGGAGGGAGGGGUGGCAGCCAAGGUAGCCAUGUUUGAACAGAUAGACACAGACUUGCCUGAAGAUGUCAGCAUUUCCGAGAAGUCAACAACAAGGAAGACUGCCAGCACCACAGCUCAGAACACUAAACAUAAACCAACAACUAAGGAAGCUAAACAAUCUUCGUUUCCAAAUUCUGUCCCUAAAGUAAAGAUCCAGAAAAAAGCUGGACAGAAAGAGCUACAUAAAAGAGAAAUGGAUAGACUUUUCAAGCAGAAAAAGAAUUCACAUGUAAAGAAUCUGAAACUUGUCAUUGGAGAAGUUCAUAGGGAAGAUAUACUUGAAGAACCAAUCAUUAAGGAGGCUGUGGUUAAGGAUCUAAGUCCUAAGGAAGGGCAGAAGAAGGCCCGUAGCAAAAUUGUGAAGGAUGAAAUCUCUAAGAAGGUAGUUCCUGAGAAUAUUGAGAAGGAAACCUCCAAAGCUGUGGACAAAACUAUUUCAGAUGUUUGGUUAAGAAUGGCUAGUGAUGAAGUGCCCAAGAAAGUUGUUAAAGAAGUAGUCCUCAAGAAAGUUGUGAAGGAAAACAUCCCCAGAACAGAUGUCAAAGAAGUUGUGAAAGAAGCUCCCAAGGAAGUUGUUAGGGAAGGAGUUAAGAAAGAUGUGAAGAAAAAUGUUGUCCCCAAGAAAGUGCAGGAAGAGGUUGUCUACAAAGAAAUAUUGAAGGAAGAAGUAGUUAAGAAAGUUGUGAAAAAUUGCGCCAAGGAAGUUGUGAAGGAAGAAGUUGUUGAGAAAGUUGUGAAGAGAGUCCCCAAGGAAGUUGUGAAGGAAGACAUAGUUGUGAAAGUUGUGAAAGAAGUCCCCAAAGAAGUUAGGAAGGAAGAAGUUGUUGAGAAAGUUGUGAAAGAAGUCCCCAAAGAAGUUGUGAAGGAAGAAGUAGUUAAGAAAGUUGUGAAAGAAGCCCCCAAAGAAGUUGUGAAGGAAGAAGUUGUUAAGAAAGUUGUGAAAGAAGUCCCCAAGGAAGUUAUGAAGGAAGAAGUAGUUAAGAAAGUUGUGAAAGAAGCCCCCAAAGAAGUUGUGAAGGAAGAAGUUGUUGAGAAAGUUGUGAAAGAAGUCCCCAAGGAAGUUAUGAAGGAAGAAGUAGUUAAGAAAGUUGUGAAAGAAGCCCCCAAAGAAGUUGUGAAGGAAGAAGUUGUUGAGAAAGUUGUGAAAGAAGUCCCCAGAGAAGGUGUGAAAGAAGACGUAGUUGAGAAAGUUGUGAAAGAAGUCCCCAAGGAAGUUGUGAAGGAAGAAGUAGUUGAGAAAGUCCCCAAAGAAGUCCCCAAGGAAGUUGUGAAGGAAGAAGUAGUUAAGAAAGUCCCCAAAGAAGUCUCCAAGGAAGUUGUGAAGGAAGAAGUAGUUGAGAAAGUCCCAAAAGAAGUCCCCAAGGAAGUUGUGAAGGAAGAAGUAGUUGAGAAAGUUGUGAAAGAAGUCCCCAAAGAAGUUGUUAAGGAAGAAGUAGUUGAGAAAGUCCCCAAAGAAGUCUCCAAGGAAGUUGUGAAGGAAGAAAUAGUUGAGAAAGUUGUGAAAGAAGUCCCCAAAGAAGUUGUAAGGGAAACAGUUUUUAAGAAAGUGGUGAAGGACGUUCCCAAGGAAGUUGUGAAGGAAGCCCCUAAGGACAUUGUGAAAGAAGUAGUCCCUAAGGAAGUAGUGUCCAAAAAAAUUGUAAAGGAUGAAGUGGAAAAAAUUGUGAACAAAGCCCUCACAAAAUUGGUGGAGGAGUCAAUUUUCAGAGAAGAUAAGAUUGGCAAAAAGGACGAAAGUGGCAAAAAGGAAGUUAGUUCAGAACAGGUGUCUCAGAGUAUGGUUAUUAAAGACAGUAAGUUUGCAACUAAAAAAAGAUUCCAGACUGAAACAGUUGUUGUGAAUGGUACUGAUAGAACAAUGUCCAGCAAUAGUGCUCUUCAUGUAAUAUAUAAAGAUGAGGAAAAGGCAGGAGAAACAAAAAGGCUUGUGAAAAAACAAGAGUCUAAUAUCAAAUAUGAUGGUUCUUCUAGUCAUAAUCUUCCCUUCUUGACGCAGAACCAAAGAAACAAAAACUAUAGCAAACAAACAAAUGGUCCCUGCAUUAUAAAAAUCAACUGUGAAGAUUCAGAAGUUGAGUCUGAUCAUGAUUCUGUGGAAAACUUCAUUGAAGUGAAGUCAAAAUUGUCUGAGCACUUUGGUGGCGCAGGGCAGGAGGGUGGCACCAGCACAGCUGAGACAGUGGAAGCACAGGGUGGGGAGUUGGAGCCAGUAGUGGUGCGGGUAGGGAUGGCUUCCCCAAAUUCCCUUGCACAGUUGGGCAAGAACGCCGAGGAGGCUGUGAAUGGGGUGGCAGAGGCUGCUGUUGUUGCCGAGAACGUAGAGGAAAAGCUUGAGGAAGGAAAGGAAAAGGCAGAAGAUGUCAUAAAGCAGACAGAGGAGAAGGUGGAUGAGGCUGCGAAGCAGGAGGAGGCCCCAACAGAGCCUGCUGCUCAGGAGGAGAAGAAGGACGAGGCUCCCGCUGACGAGCCGGAGAAGAUCGAGGUGGCCGUGGAAAACCCCGCCGAGACGGACGACGCCAAGGCCGCCGCCGCAGACAUCGUCGCCGACGAGAAACCUGCCGAGAACGAGGAGAAGGGAGACGCGAGUCAAGAGACGGACUAGGCGCGGCCGCGCCCGAGAGUUGUGACCGUAGAUAGCUUUGCCUAAUGGCUGUGGGACGACCAAAAUUCUGGCUGCGAAGUGUCUUAGGUCGCCGCACCCCUCACCGGGCGCGAAUAAAGUGUGUUUUUGCUUGAGAAAAUGAAACGGUAGCAUUUCCAAUGAUUGUAAAUGAUCGUGUCUGGAGAUUUUCCAUAGCGACAGAACUAACUAACCGUCUCCCACCUUUCCUAAAGCUGAUUUUGAUUGUCUUUUCUCUGUGCAUCAAUCUAUGAUCCCGACAAGGCAGCUCUUUUUACCAGUUUACCCAGGUAGCUUUCAUCCCCCAGCACCAAAACCAAGUCCUGUUUGGCUGUAUUUUAUCUUUUACUCAAGCACUACUAUAUUUUAAACAAGACCAUAUUGACCACUAUUGAGGAUGUACUUAUGUUUUUACAAUGCUGAGUGCUGGGAAGAAGGCUUGCCUGGGUAGGCUGUGAUUUUUAACGACAUUAGAUGUAGCAUGCCGCCAAGUAUGGCCCCAUUUUGUUAGGUACUGCCAAAUGUGUCUUGUCACACAAUUUUCCGAAUCUAAUGUUUUACGUAAUAUGAAUAAUGUUUUUAACUCAGAUUUUGUAAUGCCCCUCUUGUAUUGGAGCGAUACGUUAUGUCUAUGCAAGGAUGGUACAGCCGUACUUGACUUGCCCUGUGUGCCAGUUGGUCACGAGAGACGAGAAUUGUACUGGGGUAUGCCGGUCCUGCUUUUUGUGGAACUUUGUAACUUUUUAGUUAGCCGUAGUUUUAGGUCAUCUGGAGGUGUUAUUAUGUGGAGUAUGUGUGCUUCUCACCAGCAGUGGUUGCCAUAUGUCCUCUAUUCUUACAGCUCAACCUACAACCAUUACCAGAAAGUAGUGUGUGUUCACUGUAAUGUAUAUGUUGCAGUCUGUAGUUCAUGCAUAUUGUACCAGACCAGUUAUUCCUUAUAUAACAACCUAGACUCUAUCUGCUAGAGUGUGUACUGAUAUACAGAGAAAUGCAUCUCAAGGUGCGUGGAACACAAUUGCAAAUAAUCACUUUUGUUCACCAUUUCAUUCUCCUUGCUGUUGAGUUUGUAGGAUGUUCAGGACAUGGCACCAUUUCUGAGAGGGAAUAUUAAUUUACAUGUGUGUUACCGGGCGAUCCUCGGGUAACCUGGUAACACAACUGUCUAGAGCCUAUAAGCCUUUGAAGUGAUGUUUUUUUUUGUUUUAUUUUCCGACGUGACGAUAGUCAGUAGCUUGUAGGUAAAAAUCGAUGAAGACUUGAGCAUUCCUGGCUGCAUGGCAAACUGGCAGGAAAUCACAGCCAAUCAAGGCAUUCCACGGCAAGACCUGCGAACGUACACCCUUCUGCAGCUUUUCCCCUACCGGGAUAUACACACGGACUUGCCGUUUCUGGGUGUGCAGGGUUUAUAUCACAUGUAAUAACUCCCAAAUGUAGCAUCUCGUCAUAUAGUACUAGAGAAGGCUCAAAGCUAACAUUAAACACUAAUCACGUUAUAUACCAAUCAGGUUUACUUCACAAAUUUGUAACCAUUUCAUUGGCUUAACUUCUCUUUCCCCCUGGAUUUUCUGAGGUUCUAUGUGUACAUGUGUAUGUGAAUAUCUAGGCUUAUGAUCAUUUUUGUGAGACUCCCUCGUCUGAGUGAAUGGUUGACAAUAAAAUUGAGCUUCCUUACAAAAA